UUGCACUUCUAAGUAAACAACAAAAGAAGAAGAAAAAAAAUGGAAACAAUUUCAAUGUUACCAUCUACUCAUCAACCAUUAAGAUCAAUUAGUUUGCCAACAAGAAUACACCCAUCUUCACAAAGAGUUGAAGCAUUAUUGAACCAUCUUAAACCACAAUCUUCAUCUCAAUCUCUUUCAAAUACAUUAUGUUUUGAAUCAGAGACAAUUCAAAGUGAUUUGGUUGUGCUUGCUGAGUUAUACAAUUGCAUGGAAGAACUCUUCCAAUCUCAACAAACACAACAAGCACUUUUACACUAUCAAAAUGGGAAGCUAGUGGAAGAUUCAUUAAGUGGUUCAGUUACACUUUUAGAUGCAUGUGGUUCAUCAAGGGAAUUACUCUUGAAUCUCAAGGAACAUGUGGAAACACUUCAAUCGGCUAUACGUAGAAGACGAGGAAAUUCAACUUCAAGCAUUGAAAGCAGCAUAUAUGAGUAUGAUUGCUUUAGAAAGAAGGCAAAGAAGGAAAUUUCAAAGCAACUUGGUGAAAUGAAGAAAAUGGAAAACAAAGUAAAGCUUUUUUCUAUUAUGGGCCAAGAUCAAAAUUUAAUAUUUUUGGCUAAGGUUUUAAGAGAAGCUACCACCAUCACAAUAUCUAUAUUUCGUUCUCUUUUACUAUUCAUAUCAACGCCAAGACUUCGAACAACAAAAGGAUCAUCGUUGAUCUCGAAGCUUAAUCCAACAAGAUUGUUUUCUUCAGAGAAUGAACAUAAGAACACAGAUUUUGUUGCACUCUUAAGAGUGUUAGAGACAUUGAAUGUUAAUGUUUGUGGACUUGAAGGUGGAUUGGAUUGCAUUUAUAGAUGUUUAGUACGAAAUAGAGUUUCAUUUCUUAAUAUGCUUGCUCAUUAGGAUAAAUCAGAUUCCAAUAUUGUAAAUGUGAAUAUUAGUGAUCAUGUAGUCCGAAUUUUUUAGGAUUUGCUCUUUUACAAAUCUAUACUUGUUUGAAUGAGCAUCAACAUGAUUCAGAUUUAUAUUA